GAAAUGGAAUAAACGCAAAAAAUUUUACAAUAAAUUAAUUGAAUUAAAUUGUACAUAGCAAAUCUAUUUAAUACAACAACAAAUUAAAACAAAAGAAGAAACAAAAUAAAAGUAAAAACAAAAACAGCAAACUCAUCAUCAUCAUCACCAACCAAGCAAUAAGAAAUAAAUAAUAAUAAAACAACAACAAAAACUUAUAUACACACAUGUUGUAUAUAGAUUUUUGAAACAUUUGACUGUGAUAACAAUAAAAACAACUACAACAACCACAUUAACUAAAUAAACUACAACUUUAAUACGAGUUGUUGUUACUACACUAACAAAGCAACGACAAAAACAUCAAGCAACUAUAAUAAAUUACAAAAAAAAGAAUCCUUUUAACCUAAACAUUGUACGUAAGCUAGCUUUUAACUAUUAUCAACAUAAUCUAGGACGACAAUUACACAAUACCCUUAACGAAGCUGGUACUUCGUUUAAUUUAACCAACUUUAAACGUCCCACAGCAAGGCACCAAGGCCAUGAGAAACCACAGACCUCUAAACAAGCUUUAAGAAAAGAGAAACCUUUACAAUUAUUUCACACAACCAGUAUAUACUCCUUUAAAUAUACCGAUGAGGAUUUGAAAGACUAUAAAAUAACAAAAAUGUCCAAUAAUAAAGAAAAUAUAGAAGCUAAACAACCCUUGACCACUACUACAAAUAGUGUUAAGCCCAAAAUCCAGCCUAAAUAUGAUGUCCACAGGGAUGUCCUUACACAUGAGGUGGUGAUCAAACAAACCGGCUAUAAUGCUCCCGACAAGAGUAUACCUUCGAGCCUAAAACAAUGCUGGCAUAAUUAUUCCUUUUGGUCCAUGUUUGCCGGCAUUAUGCCCAUUUUACAAUGGCUGCCGAAAUAUUCGCCCAAACGUGAUAUGGUGGGUGAUGUGAUGGCUGGCUUUACGGUGGCCAUUAUGCAUAUACCUCAUGGCAUGGCCUAUGGUAUAUUGGCGGGUGUUUCACCCGGCAAUGGCCUGUACAUGGCCAUAUUUCCCACCCUGGUGUAUAUGAUAUUGGGCACCUCGAAACAUAUAUCCAUUGGUACGUUUGCGGUGGCCAGUAUGAUGACUUUAAAGGUGGUGCAAAGUUAUAGUCCGGAGACCUCUACGUCGGGUGCUGAAGUAGUGGCGACGGCGAUUGGGGGUGUGGCACCGCCCACUCCUUUAGAAAUUGUCACUACGCUGGCGUUUACGGUGGGCUUAUUGCAUCUUGCCAUGGGCUUUUUCAGACUGGGCACUUUGUCCUCAUUACUUAGUGAGCCUUUGGUUAAUGGCUUCACCACCGGUGCUGCCUGCCAUGUUGUUACUAGUCAAUUGAAAGAUGUUUUCGGUGUGUCAGUGCCCCGCCACAAGGGAGCCUUUAAAAUCGUUUACACCCUUAUCGAUCUCUGCAAGGCCAUACCCCAAACCAAUCUGGCCGCCAUAAUCUUUUGUUUUGGCAUUAUCAUCUUUAUGACCAUCUGCAAUGAGCUGAUUAAACCCUGGCUGCGUAAGCGUUGCCGUUUUCCCCUGCCCGCCGAGCUUAUAGCUGUCAUUGGUGGCACUGUUAUUUCCAUGCUAAUCAAUGUUAAUGAAAAUUACGGCAUUAAACUAGUGGGUGAGGUUCCAAAAGGUCUGCCCAUGCCCGUGUUGCCCAGAUUUGAUUUGGUGCCCUCCUUGGUGGUUGACUCUAUAGCCAUAGCCAUUGUCACCUAUUCCAUAGUCAUGUCUUUGGGUUUGAAUUUCGCCAAAAAACAUUCUUAUGAAGUUAGACCCAAUCAGGAAUUAUUUGCCAUGGGUAUUGGCAAUAUAGUGGGUGGUUUCUUCCAAUGUAUACCCAUGGCUGCCUCUCUGUCAAGAUCUUUGAUACAAGAACAGACGGGAGGAGCCUCACAAUUGGCUUCUUUGGUUUCCGCCCUAUUGAUAUUGAUGACAUUGUUUUGGACGGGUCCCUUUUUUGCCUUUUUGCCCAGGUGCGUCUUGGCCGGUGUCAUUAUAGUGGCCUUGAAGCCCAUGUUUAUGCAGGCCAAGGAGUUAAAGAAAUUUGCCAAACAAGGCAAAUUGGAGGUAUUAACCUGGUUGUGCACCUUUAUCUGUGUGGUACUCAUAGAUAUUGAUAUUGGUCUCUUAAUUGGCAUUUGUAUUUCCCUGUUAGCAUUAUACAUCAAGGGCCUGAAGCCCUACUCCUGCUUGCUGGGCUAUAUACCCGAAGCCUCGGCGGUGUAUGUGGACAUCAGUCAUCAUCGCAAUGCCUUUGAAGUGCCCGAAACGAAAAUUUUCCGCUAUAUUGGUUCCUGUAACUUUGCUACCUCACUGUAUUUCCGCAAAAAUCUCUACAAUGCUUUGGGCAUGGACAAUGAAAAAAUGCGUAGAGCUUCCUACAUGCCCGUAACACAAAAUGGUUCUUUACCCACCGCCAUUAAUGGCGGCAGUGCGUUUAGUAAUUUAAAUUCCUCCUUCCGCUACUUGGUGCUGGAUUUCUCGAUGCUGGGUCACAUAGAUGUGGCCGGCUGUAAGCUGUUGUCGGACAUUAAGAAGGAGCUGGAAAAGCGCAGCAUACGCAUGUUUAUAGCCAGUCCCUCGGACAGGGUGUAUGAUACGUUGGUGCAUAGUAUGGCUUUGGGGGAUGGUCCGUUUGAAAUUUUCCCCACUUUACAUGAUGCGGUAGAGUAUGCAAAUGCCUGCCGUACGGCGUGAUAUUUAGAACUAAUACAAAUGUUGAUAGAUAAAUUGUCCUUAUGACAAGUGAGUAAAAAAAAAGAAGUAAUUUUAGUGUUUAUGUUCUUUUAGAUUUUCUGUUUUUGAUAAAGUUUUAACGGAGUAAAAUUUCUUAGCAUACUUUAAGGCUGUUAGAGAAUGUAUAUUACGGUUAAUUAUAUUAAGCCUUAAAGUAGGCUUUGAAAUGUUUAUUGAAUUUAAAAUAAAGAUUUUUUAAAUUAAAGAUAAGAAAUUUCUAAACAAAGGUUUUAAAACAGCCAUAAUUAAACAUUUUUAAGUUAAGUAAAUUAAUCAAAACUUUUUAA